CACACAUCUCUUCCUCAGCACAGUGGCCUGAUAAUGCCUACCCAUCCACCUACACUCCUUUUCCGACCGACGUGGAAGAUAUUACGACGCAGGAAGACUCUUGACUGCAUAUGAAUAAUACCAGAUGAGUCGUUGACAACAGGGAUUGUGGAGCAUAUCAUAUCCAAUCUUAGGGCCACAGCAGACGUACCGUACAAGAGCAGGCUACAAACAUCAGUAUGAUCCAUGCUAACGGUAUUCAGAAACUCUUGCGGACGUCCUUUUCGAUCAUCUCUUUGAUCUUUUGACCCAUCUAUUCAAUCUUUUCGACCGGCGAUUGCCAAUAUCAAGUCAUUCUCUACCGGGACAGAUGUCAUUAUGGCAGCCAUAACCGGUCUUCCACACAGUAUCAACAACAUGUCUACGCUGCUCGCUCAUCCGGGGGUGGUGAGAGCAUCCAAUCUAAGCCAUUCAAGUCACGACGAGCCUAUGCUUGAUGAUUCGGAUGAUUCCUAUAUCAAGAUGGAAGAAGACGAUGACGAAGCAUCUCUCAGUGGUCAAGCUUCAGUCCUGAGAAGUCUUCAGCUUGAGAGCGACAACCGCGAUUCACCCAAUAGUUCGAUGACCUCAGCUUCUGUCGCAUCGUCCAUUCCUGAUCAAAAUGCCAAAACCACGCUCAAAGUGGAAGCAAAGCCUGAGAAUACAAACAACGUAAGCCCCUACAUGUUUUUGAAAGUGCCAACAACCUGCCGAGCCAAGUCGUCUAUUCCUUCUAGGCUCUCUCCCUCCGAAUAUGCCAGCCAAUGUGUGGCUGCAGCCGAAGCCUCGAGACUGAAUCCUUAUGCCUUACACGAAGAUGAGCAUAAAUUGUUGCAAGACAAAUUAUGUUAUUCCCACGUCAGUGUAUAUUUGAAUAUCCGGAACGGAAUCUUGAGAUUAUGGUCUCGAAAUCCAAGUGUGAGCGUCAACCUGGAAGAGGCGAUUGGUUGCACAAGAGACGAGAGAUGGACUCGUCUUGCUUGUUUUGCAUACGAGUGGCUACUCCGACGAGGCUACAUCAAUUUCGGCUGUGUCGAGCCACCUGCGAUCACCAAAUCCGUUGGUCGUGGCCGUAAGAAGGAAACUUCCCAAGAGACUGUUGUUGUCAUUGGAGGUGGCAUGGCCGGCUUGAGUACUGCUCGCCAGCUGACCAACCUAUUCCGACACUACCCAGACCGUGCUCCUCCCCAAAUUAUCGUUCUUGAAGGACGUGACCGAAUAGGGGGCCGCAUAUAUUCACAUCCACUGACGAGCAUGCGGUCGGCCAAACUCUCACCUGAUCAGAGACCUACGGUCGAGAUGGGCGCCCAUAUCAUCGUUGGGUUUGAACGCGGAAACCCCCUCAACGCCAUCGUUCGCGGCCAACUUGCCCUCGAUUAUCACCUCCUCCGAGACCUAUCUACCCUGUACGAUGUCGACGGUACCCCUGUCAAUGGUGUCAAUGAUGCGAUGAUAGAAAGAUUGUACAAUGAUGUCCUUGAGCGAACCGGACACUACCGUCUCAAACAUACUGUCAAGAAGACUGCACAGGGCGAUAAAGAUAUGAUUGAUGCUGGGCGGGAUCCGCCAGACGAGGAUGGUCUCACCAUUAAAGAGUUCGAAGAAGCCACCGCUCUUGGGACAAUUGAUCAACUACUUCCUAACAAGAAGUCCAGACGAAGAGGCGCAGGUCAUCGAGCUGCCAAAGGCGACAAGUCUUCAGAAGAGGUAGAGACAAGUACAGAGACCAAGACACAGCUACCGGCGGCUCAAGCGGCCAAAGAGUUCGGGUUCUUGCUUCGAAAGACAACUCAGAUGCAUGAAACACUUGAAUUUGACGACCUGGCCAGGCAUCUCAACCAGUCUCUUGGCACCGUCAUGAGUUCUGGGAUCGAUCAGUACCAGAGAUUUCUUGAUCUCAAACCCUACGCCCUUCGUCUGAUCAACUGGCAUUUUGCCAACCUCGAAUAUGCUAACGCAGCAAAUGUUGACAAGUUGAGCCUCCGAGGCUGGGAUCAAGAUAUUGGCAACGAGUUUGAGGGCGAGCACGCACAAGUGGUGGGUGGCUAUCAACAGGUUCCGCGCGCGUUGUGGCGGCAUCCAGAACCCUUGGAUGUGCGCACUCGCAAAGCAGUGAAAAGCAUCCGAUACAGUGCAGUUGGCUCGCAAGGCAAGGCUACCGUCACUUGUGAAGAUGGCCAGUCAAUUGAGGCUGACAAAGUCGUCUUUGCUGCACCACUUGGGGUACUAAAAGAACAGUCCAUCCAAUUCGAUCCACCAUUGCCCCAGUGGAAGCGUGAUGCCAUCAGAAGGAUGGGCUUCGGACUGUUGAACAAGGUGAUUCUUGUUUUCGAAAGACCCUUCUGGGACGUGGACAGAGACAUGUUUGGUCUUCUACGUCCGCCUCGUACGGGAAAUGGCAACAACCAAAGUGAUUACAAAGAAGGUCGUGGUCAAUUCUAUUUGUUCUGGAAUUGCAUCGAGACAAGCGGCCUGCCUGUGCUGAUUGCACUUAUGGCUGGCGAGUCUGCCCACGAAGCAGAACGAGUUCCUGAUGAGUUUCUCGUGGGCCAGUGCGUCGAACAGCUACGAAAUGUCUUCGGCCCCAUGAAUGUGCCGCCACCAGUAGAGUCCAUCGUCACUCGGUGGGGCUCGGAUCGGUUUGCGAGAGGAACAUAUUCUUUUGUGGCGGCCGAAGCAAGACCCGGCGAUUAUGACCUCAUUGCCUCGCCUAUACAAAACUUGUUCUUUGCUGGUGAGGCCACAAUCGCCACACAUCCUGCCACCGUUCAUGGUGCAUAUCUCUCAGGUCUUCGGGCAGCUAACGAAGUCUUCGAGUCACUGGUCGGCAGUAUACCCAUUCCACCCACAUUGGUGCCAGCCUCGACCCUGAAGAAGGGAUCCGGCACAACCAUCGACCUGACACAGAUGGACACUCAUAUGGCUAUAGGUGGCAAAAGGAAAGGAGAUGAGCUGCUCCCAGCCGGCACGUUCACCCGACCCGUAAAGGAGAAGGACAACUCGCUGCACGAAGCAUGGGAUGCUGCCAUGUGGGUUCGGAUCUACGAUGACCUCGGACCCCCGCCGGUCAAGCCGUCAAAAGCCAAUGUGAACUCAUUCCUUCUCUACUCUGGCGAGCACUGGGAGGAAGUCAAGACUCGCCUGGGCGAUGAGCGAAAGAAGGCUGGCAAGAAGGGGAAACAGUCUGAACGGGAUCAAGUCCGAGUUGAGUUGGGCAAGAUGUGGGCUGCGCUUACCGAGGAAGAGAGAAAACCAUACACUGAUCAAACCAACAAAAAUCGAGAAGAAAACGAGAAAGCCCUGAAGGAAUGGGCGGCGAAAGCAGCGGAAUGGGAUAGGCGCACAUGGGAAGUCAAGGAUGUGUGGAUCAAGGAAGGAAACAGUUUUGAAGAGUUUUGUAAGCGCAAACGCGAUGAAGACGCCAUGAUGGACGCUGCGGACAUGGCGAAGAGAGCCAAAAUCUAGGCGUUGCGGUUCGGAUAUGGGACACGGUCACGAUCAAGGCGUGCAGGGAGCCGGCUACUGGAUUGUAUAGGAUACUAUGGUUGAAGGAGUCGCUGUCAACUAGCAUUGUAAGCAGCAUGGAUCAACUCAGGCAUUACUAUCCCAGGACGGGCCGCAUACAUUGCACUUUGCCAGAUUGGCGAGCUAUGGAUGUUUGUCUACUCGUAACAAUCCAUUAUAGAAUACAAU